AUGAGUCUCCCAUCCAUCGUUGUCCUCAUCUCCGGAUCAGGCUCCAAUCUCCAGGCCUUGGUUGACAAUCAGGGCUCUGACUACAAAAUCUCCCACGUCAUCUCCAACAAAAAAGCUGCCUAUGGCCUUGAGCGUGCCGCAAAAGCCUCUAUCCCAACAUCCAUUCACAACAUCGUGCCAUACAAAAAGAGACACCCAGAUGAUGUCUCUGCAGCCCGUGCAGAUUUUGAUAAAGAAUUGGCACAGAAGAUCAAGGAGUUGAAGCCAGAUCUGGUGGUUUGUGCGGGUUGGAUGCACAUCCUCUCGUCUGAAUGUCUGCGGCCACUGAGAGAAGCUGGUAUCCCUCUCAUCAACCUGCAUCCUGCGCUUCCUGGAGCAUUUGAUGGUGCGCAUGCUAUUGACAGAGCAUAUGAUGCUUUUCAGAAGGGCGAGAUCACUAAGACUGGCUGCAUGAUUCACUGGGUCAUCGAGGAGGUCGAUCGGGGAGAGCCUUUGUUGAUCAAGGAGAUCGAGAUGAAGAAGGAAGAGUCGCUGGACGACUUGGAGGCUAGAAUUCACAGUGUAGAGCACGUUGCGAUUGUGGAAGGAACAAAGAUGGCUCUGGCGCACAGGGCAUAG